AUGGGUAGUGAAAGUCGUGAAACCAAGAACAACUCCAGUAGCGGAAGAAAACUGCAAGGUUCAAGGCCUUCAGCUUUAAGACUAGGCGGCAUCAAGAAAUCAUCACAUGGUAAUCCGAACCGAAUUUCCAAGGCUAUUAAACCCCUUGUAAUCUAUCUCAGCUCACCCAAGAUUAUCCACGUAAGUCCGGACGAGUUCAUGAACGUUGUGCAGCGCCUUACCGGGAAGGACUCGACGAACAAGCCGUCAUCGGCAUUGAUGUCUCCCAUAGAGGAUGAUGAAUCGAUGAAGAAGAUGAGUAAGUGGGACACUUUGUUCGAUGGUGAUGAUCAAGUCCUUGGAAUGUCUCCAACUUCCCUGCAUUUCUUAGCUUGUGUAUAG